AUGGGGAAUGUGGCCCGUGUUGUAGCAAGGACCCUGCAGAGCGCAGAACCCAGACGUGGCUCUGCAGGCCACAGGGGCGUCUGGGUGAACAACCUGCGCCAGACCUUGCCGGUGAGCGCAGCAGGAGGUGCCAUCACGGUGAGCAGGAGCGGCCGCUACGUCGUCCUGGAGACAGACUUCAGCCUCAGAGUGUCCUACGACGCUGACCACUCGGUGGAGGUGAAGGUGCCCACCGCCUACUUCAACCUGACCUGUGGCAUGUGCGGGAACUUCAACAACCGGAGAGAGGACGAUUACAUGAUGCCCAACGGGCAGCAAGCGGCAGACUCCAAUGCGCUGGGGGAGAGCUGGCGGGUCCCAGACAAUGACUCCUCUUGCGGUGUCCCCGUCGCCCCCAGACCCUGCAGUGAGGAAGAGGAGAAGCUCUACCGAUCGGACCAGUUCUGCGGCAUGCUGACUGCCAGGCCUGGCUCUUUUGAGAGGUGCCACGCUGUGGUCAACCCCCAGAGCUACUUUGACACCUGCUUCUAUGACCUUUGUGCCCUGAAUGGUGGCCAGGAGUUCCUGUGUGCUGCUCUGGAGGCCUACGCUGACGCAUGCCAGGCAGCCGGCGUGACUCUUCCUCCCUGGAGGAACGCCACCUUCUGCCCCCUGCUGUGCCCUGCCAACAGCUACUAUGACCCUUGCAUGACCGGCUGUCCUGCCACCUGUGUUGACCGACAAGCCCCGCAGAACUGCUCCAAGCCCUGCGUGGAGGGCUGUGCCUGUACCUCUGGCUUCCUUCUCAGCGGAGACACCUGCGUGCCCGAGGCCCACUGUGGCUGCCUCUUUGAGGGCAACUACUACAGCGAGGGCGAGUACUCUGUGAGCGAGAACUGCACUCGCCGGUGCAGGUGUGAAGCCAACGGCCAGAUGGUUUGCUCUGCAUUGUCCUGUGGUGAAGAUGAGGUCUGCAAGAUCCAGGAUGGCCAGAGGGGCUGUUACCCAGCCAGCACUGCUCUCUGCCACAUCUAUGGCGACCCGCAUUACCGCACCUUCGAUGGGAAGCUUCACCACUUCCAGGGCUCCUGCAACUACACCGUGGUGACGGGCUGCGACAACUCCUCCGUUGGGUUCAGUGUCACCACCCGCAACAAACAUCGCGGCAGCCAGAGCUGGACAGCUCUGAACUCCGUGGCGCUCUCCAUGGAAGGCCUCCACAUUGCACUGCGCAAGAACAAGGCGGUCUACGUAAGACCCUCAUUUUUACACCUGGCAACGACAGAUGCCCUGAGUAUCUGUUGUGUCACCAUUAAGUAUCGCUCUGUCCCCAAGAAGAGCCUGAUAUUCCCGGAGCCUGCUGGCGUGCUCACAGCAGAGCGCGGUGAGGCUCUGAGCGGGGCAGAUAUGGCUGCUUGCGCAGCAACAGAUCUUCAGCUUGUUUUCCUGAGCUUUCGGUGUGCCGUGUGUAGAGUCGCUGCUGUUCUCAUGCUCGCAGGCCUGGGCGGGGUUUCUCAUGCCAUCAGUGCUUCUGACUCACUGGGCCCUGGCACCAUCGCAAUCAAUGGUGCUCUGGCCUCCCUGCCUGCUUCUCCUGCCCCUGGUGUGACCAUUUCCCUGAGUGGCUCCCACGUGCGGGUUGCUACCAAGCUGGGCCUGCAGCUGCAGUUCAACGGGGACCAGGAGCUCCUGGUGAGGGUGUCUGAGAAGCACAAGGGCAAGCUGUGUGGGCUGUGUGGGACGUACACUGGGAGCCAGCAGGACGACUUCAUGCGCCCCGAUGGCGUUGUCGUGCCCGACUUCAAUGACUUUGGAGCCAGCUGGAUGGUGCCGGACGACGAGUGGCCGUGUGACCCAGCCAUCAGCCCUCCUGCGUCCUGCUCCCCCUCCGAGGAGGUGGCAGCUAACAAGCAGUGUGCAAUCCUCACGCAACUCGGCGGCCCGUUCCAGCCAUGCCAUGCAGUUCUGCCGCCCAGGACGUACUUUGAGAGCUGUGUCUAUGACCAGUGUGCCACGGGUGGCAGCACGGAGCAGCUCUGCAAUGACCUGGGGGCUUAUGCCGCAGCGUGUGCUGAGGCAGGAGUUGCUCUGGGAGACUGGAGUGCUGGCACUGUCUGUGCUCCCCCAACAGACUGCAAUUUCACCUGCACAUUCGACAGUGACUUCUGUGAGUGGGUCCAGGCAGAUUCCAGCAGCAUUGACUGGAAAAGGAACAAGGGUCCAACGCCCACGCCAGAUACCGGCCCCUCCUUUGACCACACGACAGGAGACGGCUACUACAUCUAUCUGCAAGGGAGCAAUGCCCUCCCCGGCUUUGUGGCUCAUCUGGUCAGCCCAGUGUGCAGUUCAGAAGGACCGCACUGCUUCCGCUUCUGGUAUCACAUGUACGGAGCAGCUGAAACAAUGGCCCUGCGCGUGUACAUAGUUCAAAAUGAAACAUCAACACUGGAAUGGAGAGAUGCUGGAAGCAAAGGGGACAGAUGGAACUUGGGAGAGAUCACGGUGCACAGCACAGGAAACAUGCAGAUUGUCCUGGAGGGAGAAUGGGGUGAAGACUUCCGGAGCGACGUAGCAUUGGAUGAUCUGUCCAUUGAAAAGGGAUCCUGCACAGGCCGUGCUUCCUGCAGUGCCUCUGGGGAUCCACAUUAUAACACUUUUGACCACAGAGUUCAUCAUUUCAUGGGAAAUUGCACUUACACCCUGUCCAAAGUGUGCAACAUCUCUGAAAGGCUUCCAUACUUUGAUGUGUCCACAACAAAUGAGCACAGAGGAGCCAACACCAAAGUCUCUUAUGUGAAGUCAGUGCAAGUGGAAGUCUAUGGCAACCAGAUUUCUUUGCUGAAAAACAAGAAAGUGAAUGUGAAUGGCAGCAGAAUGAACCUGCCUGUAUUUAUUGAAAAGAAGAUCAGUAUUCAAAGCAGUGGUGGUUAUGUUCUCUUGGAAACUGACUUUGGACUGUGGGUGAGAUAUGAUGGAAAUCACUAUGCAGAAGUCUCUGUGCCCUCUAAUUACCGUGGUCUGCUCUGUGGCCUCUGUGGUAAUUAUAAUGAUGAUCCAAAUGAUGACAACAUAAAGCCCAAUGGUGACACUGCAAGUGGCUCCAGUGAUCUUGGACAAAGCUGGCUUGUACCUGAGAAUAACACCAUAUGCUCCAGUGGGACAGAAGAGCAAUGUGAUCCCAUGCUCGAGAGUGAAGCAAAGAAGAACACAGCAUGUGGCAUGAUCACAGACCCAACAGGAAUUUUCAAGGAUUGUCAUACCAAAGUGCCUCCAGAGAAUUUCUUUGAAAACUGCGUUUAUGACAUGUGUUUCACUGGUGGACAGGCAAUAUCCUUAUGCUAUGGACUGCAGGCCUAUGCUGAGUCAUGUAUCAAUGCUGGGAUAUGCAUAGAGUGGAGGAAUGCUACUCUUUGCCAAAAAGGUUUACUGAACCAAGCACAAUUAGUCCUGUAUGAUCACAUCAGACCUACCCUCAAACUGGAUGAAAGCUGGUUCACCAGUUAUCCCUGCACUGAACGCUGCACCUGCAAGGCUAAUAACACCAUUGUAUGCACAUCCUGGAAGUGUGGAGUCCGAGAGGAAUGCAGUAUUCAGGAUGGUGUGCUGGGCUGUCAUUCCAAUGGCCAAGCAACAUGUCAAGUGGCAGGAGAUCCCCAUUAUUUCACAUUUGAUGGAAUGAUGUACACUUUUGUGGGUACCUGCACCUACACCUUGGUUGAGGUUGUCAACAACAACAGUGUCAUUCCUAUAACCAUCCUUGGCAAGAAUGAAGACAGAGGACUAAGAGGGGCCACAUACCUGAAAGAAGUCUACAUAGAUGUGUAUGGUGUACGAAUCACCCUUCAGAAAAGCCAAGGAAUCCUGUUGAACAAUGAGAGAGUCUACACUCCAGUGGAGAACCGGUUGCGAGGUGUGUCCAUUGGAAAUGUUGGCAGAUUUAUAGUAGUGGAAACUGACUUUGGUGUAAUAGUGAAAUAUGAUGGCAAUCACCAUCUGGAAAUCACCCUCCCACAGUCUUAUUUCUCAAAGGUACAUGGCAUGUGUGGUAACUUCAAUGAUAAUCGUGAAGAUGAUCUGUCCUUGCCCAAUGGUACACUCGCCAGUGUCACACAGUUUGGAAAUAGCUGGAAAGUGGAGGAAGACAGUGAUGAAGGUUGUUUAUCAGACUUAAGAGAAGAUGAUGUUCCUCCUUGCACUGCCGAGAAUAAACCAGUCAUUGAAAGCCAGUGCAAUGUCCUAAAAUCAGACAAAUUCAAAGCAUGUCAUAAUCUUGUCAAGCCUGAAGACUUCAUACAGAUCUGCAUCUAUGAUAUGUGCCAGUAUGAUGGCAUGAAGUCUACUCUCUGCGACAUAGUUCAAGUCUAUGUGGACACCUGCAGGAAUCAUGGAAUCACCAUUAAAUGGAGGAAUAGCACAUUCUGUCCAUUGCCCUGUCCACACCACAGCCAUUACACAGACUGUGUCUCCACCUGCCCAUCAACAUGCAAUGACAUUUUUGCCUCUUCCCUUUGUGAGAAGACAGAAGAGUGCACUGAGGGCUGUGAAUGUGAUAAUAAUUAUGUGCUCAGUAAUGGCAAGUGUGUACCUCUAAGCGAUUGUGGCUGCAGGGAUGAUGACAACAAUUACUACAGUGCUGGGGAGACCUGGAUAACUCCACACUGCACCAAAAGAUGCCAGUGUCACAAGAACGGUGUCAUCAAAUGCAAGAGCCAUAGCUGUGAUUCUAGAGAAACCUGCGUGAUCAAAAAUGGAAAACACAAGUGCAAUCCAACAGGUUUUGGGAAAUGCCAGAUCAUGGGCGACCCACACUACGUCACCUUCGAUGGUCUAGUGCACCACUUUCAAGGAAAAUACACAUAUAUUCUGGCUCAGACCAUCCCUGACCUACCUGAUACUCUGACGCAGUUCAGCAUUGAAGGCAUGAACUAUCCUUUCCAUCGAAGUCGACGCAUUACUUACCUGAAAGAGAUUCUCGUCAAUGUUUACAAUCACACAGUGCAAUUCAGGCAGAACAAGCAGCUUGUGUUGGAUGGUGUGAGGGUGAGACCCCCUGUUCGUCCUCAUGAAGGUAUUCAUAUAUAUCAGAGGACAACAAGAAUUUACCUGGAGACAGAUUUUGGCUUAUACCUGAGCUUUGAUGGCAAUCAAAAUGCAGAUAUAAAGCUGGCCAAUACCUACAGAAACAGAGUGGAAGGCUUGUGUGGUGACUUUGAUGGGAGACAUAGAAAUGACUUCACAAGUCCAAAUGGUGUUUGGGUAAAGAACGUGAAUGUAUUUGGUGAGAGCUGGAAAGUUCCUCUGAAAAGAACAACAUCUCGUCUCAGACGAGACGUCAACUCAAAAGAAGUGUCUGAGGAGGAACCAGAUCCAGGACUCUUCCAAGGCUGCAAUGAAAAUCAGCUGGGGCAAGAAAACAGAACUUCGAGAUGUCAAAUCCUGACUGACUCAAAUGGUCCUUUUGCAAAGUGUCAUUCUACAGUCUCACCAAAUUUCUAUUUCACGAGCUGCCUGUUUGAUAUGUGUGUGGGAGGAGAUGAGGAUGCUACCUUAUGUCGCAGUCUGGAGGAAUAUGUGCUGGAUUGUCAACAGCAAGGAGUCAGUAUGGAAGGCUGGAGGCAACAGACAGUUUGUGGUAUAUCAUGUCCUGCCAACAGCAACUACAGCUCAUGCAUGUCUGCAUGCCCAGCAUCCUGCAACGACUUGACCAGCCCCUCUGAGUGCGAAUCACCUUGUGUUGAAGGCUGUGAAUGUCUCCCUGGCUAUGUUCUUAGUGGUUUUGACUGUGUGCCUUACAAACAAUGUGGCUGCACAUACCUUAACAAAUAUUAUGAGAUUGGAGAAAUAUUCACCACUGAUGACUGCUCUCAGAGAUGCCAAUGCACAGAAAGCUCCACUGUCUCCUGUUCUAACAUAGUGUGUGGAUAUGAUGAAAUCUGUGGCAUUUCAAACUACAGUCGUGGAUGCUACAGGAGUGGACCAUGUAUGCCAAAUCCUUGUAAGAAUGAUGGAGUUUGCUCUGAAACUACCACCACCUCUCUCCACUUCUACUGUGAAUGUUCAGAACUGUACACAGGACCAAGCUGCGAGGCUGAAAAGAUAGCUGAAGAGCCUCCUGUAGGAGGCCCUGAGGACCAUACAGUUGCCAUCGUCGUUGGAGUUGUGGCAGGUGUAGCUGUUAUCGUCAUUAUCAUCUCCUCUGCAGUGUACCUGUACAGGUUUCCUGCCGAGGGAUGCUCACCUACCCCUCGGCUCGGCAGGACCGCUACCCCGGAGCCCCGUUCCCCGGGGACGGGGCGAGCACCGCCUGCCCGGAACCCGCCCGGCUCCUCGCCAUUCACAGCGGCCGGGAGGAGCCGCCACCCGGCCCGGCUUCCGCCGCCGCCCCCUCCCUCCCUCCCUCCCCGGGCAGUCAGCCCGACCACGGCAGCAGCGGGACGGGCGCCGGGGGUGAGCGGGGCCUUGGAGGGGGGAUGCGGGGGAGCGAGCAGGCGUCUGCCAGCAGGAUGUGUCCGCCCCCGGCUCCGGGCGCCUCAGAGCCUGGGGAUGGGCUCGGCACCCCGGGUGCCCCCCUAG